CUUUCGCCCAUCAUGUUUUUGCCCCUCGUCUUCGGCCCUCUCCUAGCCAUUUUCGCGAUAUGCUAUCUUGCCCUCGUACACCGUCUGCGCUAUGCGCGCAUCAACGACCUACAAAAACGAUACGGUCGCACUCCCGCGGAGUUCGCAGGGCUAGGAUACAAGGACGCGCAGGCGAUCUUGGGUCAGCUGGGGCUAUAUGAAAGCCCAUGGUUGUUUCUCGCUGGAAAGGACUUUGCAUUUCUCCGGGCCUUCGCCAUCCCUUCCAUCUCCAAAGUCUCGGUCAACGCCUCAGAAAUGGUGCAUCGCGCGGGAAAGCGCUACGCCGACACCACCGUCCUCGUUGGCGAAUUCCUAGUAAACGAGCUCGAUAGCCAGCGCGCGGUCGUGGCCAUCAACCGCAUGAACUGGAUCCACUCGCGCUACGGCUCCGCAAUCGAAAUGCCACAGAUGGUAUACACGCUCUGCUUGCUGGUCUGCGAGGCUCUGCUGUGGGUCGACCGCUUCGACUGGCGCCCUACCACGCCACUCGAGAAACACGCGAGUUGGGUGUUUUGGAGCGAGGUGGGCAGACGCAUGCGACUGGUUGGUGUACCCGAGAGUUUCGAGGAGUGUGUAAAGUACGUGGAAGAGUAUGAGAAGAAAGAGAUGGCGCCGAGUAAGUGGAACGCGAAGAUCAAGGAAGGGGUUUAUGCGCUGUAUGCGAGCAGUGUGCCGAGUUUUUUGACGCCUGUUGUGCAUUUGGUGUUGGAUGCUUUUAUGGACUCGAGGUUGAGUGCGGCGUUUAUGCUCGAGGAGCGGACGUGGUAUACUGAUUUGGCGCAUACGUGCUUAUGUGCUGCGUUGGCGGUGCGCAAGUACAUCGUGCGACACGCUUUUCUGCCUAGAACGAAGACUUUCCAGGUCUUUGGCGAUGCAAAUGCAGAGGGGUUCCGCGCCAUGUCCUUCUGGGAGAUUGAGCCGUGGUAUGUCGCCAGUGAGAAGAGUGGGAAUUGGUUGCGUGCGGCUUAUAUCAAGUUGUUCGGUUUGCCUAGAGCAGGCGACGAGAAGUAUAGACCUCAGGGCUAUAAACUGCAUGAGAUGGGACCUAAAGGUUUGGAGGGAAGAGGUGGUGAGGAGGUGUUGGGGUUUGUGGAACAGAGCGGUGCGUGCGCUUUCUCGACGUUUGGGCAGUUUGGGAAGAUUGGCGAGUGCUACUAUGUACCAGAGGAAAAAGAGAAGAAGAUGAGUGUCAAUGGGGGCGGUGGAAUGUGCCCGAUGGGAUUUGGAGUUGUAGCUGGGAAGUGA